CAUAUGAGUAAUGAUCGUUUUCAAACUGAUGGAACUUUCCUCGCUCUGUCUGCUGUCUAUUUAGCCUCCAUCACCCAGCAGAGCUCCCACAGCCAGCAACAAGUCCAGACACAAGUCUAAGAUCAAUGCAUCCUCUCACAAAAGCCUGACUUGAACUUAAUUAAAAAUCGCAAUGGCUGUCCCCCCCCCAGACCGAGACACGCCCCUUCUGCAACUACAGGAAGUGAUCCCCAGUAGGAUGGGCGGUCGAGUCCGCUCCCCCAUCUUUAGCUCUUCCCCUCCGGCCCUGACCAUCGAAGCUGGCCGCCCCAUCUGCAUCCCCUCCCCUUAUGCCGAUAUCAGACACGAGUUCCCCUCCCUGCCUUUCUAUAGCUCCACCUUGCUGGGCUACGCCACUCCUGUGCUCCCUGACUGCCCCUCGGUUCGCCAGUCUCUCAGCCCCUCCCUGUUCUGGCCCAGCCACAGUCAUGUAGGGCCCCCGCUGGCUCUGCACCGGCCACAGUCCUGCACCGAACACACCCAGCCCAGCCACAGCCAGUGGUCAGAGCUGUCGCCUCAGGAUUACACCUUGUCUGAGAGCAGUAAGACUGUGAGGAAGCACACACAGGACAUGGACGACUCGGUCACUUCCCUGCGAGGUAAAAGCGACCUGCACUACUGUGCUGUGUGUCACGACUACGCUUCAGGCUACCACUACGGGGUGUGGUCCUGCGAGGGCUGCAAAGCCUUCUUCAAAAGGAGCAUCCAAGGACACAAUGACUACAUUUGCCCGGCCACCAACCAAUGCACUAUCGAUAAGAAUCGUCGCAAGAGCUGCCAGGCCUGCCGUCUUCGCAAGUGCUAUGAAGUCGGCAUGACGAAGUGUGGUAUGAGGCGUGACCGCGGCAGCUACAGAGGAGCCCAGCCAAGGAGGGUGGUGCGCUUCACCUCACGGGGUGGGGCCAACGGAUCUAGGCGGGGCUUACAUGAGGUGGGUGAGACCGAGCUCCACCGCUCCACACUCACACCUGAGCAGCUGAUUGGGCUGAUCAUGGAGGCGGAGCCACCAGAGAUUUACCUACUGAGAGACAUGAAUAAGCCACUGACGGAGGCCAGUGUGAUGAUGUCACUCACCAACCUAGCCGACAAGGAGCUGGUCCAUAUGAUCAGCUGGGCCAAGAAGAUCCCAGGGUUUGUGGAGCUGGGUCUGUUUGACCAGGUGCACCUGCUGGAGUGUUGCUGGCUGGAGGUGCUGAUGCUGGGCCUCAUGUGGAGGUCUGUGGACCACCCUGGGAAGCUCAUCUUCUCCCCCGACCUCAUCCUGACCAGAGAGGAGGGGAGCUGUGUUCAGGGCUUCGUGGAAAUCUUCGACAUGCUGCUGGCUGCCACCUCCAGGUUCCGAGAGCUGCAGUUGCAGAAGGAGGAGUACGUCUGCCUCAAAGCCAUGAUCCUUCUCAACUCCAAUAUGUGCCUCAGCUCUUCUGACGGAGGCGACGAGCUGAACAGUCGUGCCAAGCUCUUGUGCUUGCUGGACUCUGUGACAGACUCUCUGGUGUGGGCCAUCGCCAGAAGGGGGAUCAAUUUCCAGCAGCAGUCCACCCGCCUGGCUCACCUGCUCAUGCUGCUGUCACACAUCCGCCAUGUCAGUAACAAAGGCAUGGACCACCUCCACAGCAUGAAGAUGAAGAACGUGGUGCCCCUGUAUGACCUGCUCCUGGAGAUGCUGGAUGCCCACAUCAUGCACAGCUCCCGGCUGCCCCACUAUGUCCCCCAGCCGGGCCCCUGCCACCGAGUGAGCUUACCCUCACAGCUUCACAACCCCGGCACCUGUGCUACCCAGACUCUGACCUCCAGCAGCAGCAGUGAUGACCCCCAGGAACCAGAGGAUUCCGAGCGAAAGAUAGACAGUUGGUUCAAGGGGGAUCCCUACCACACUGAAGCUGACUGAGGUGCAGAGGAACUGUACGACGGUGGAUUAUGUAAAGUCAUGCUUGUCAAUGACUACCUACUUCUGAAUACUUUUAGAAUGUGAAUUUGAGUUUGGGAACUUUCCAGACAAACGAGUCAAGACGCAGGAACAAUGAGCAAACAUGGACAACUUUCAGGCUCUUUAAGGGGUUUGAGGUUGCAUCCCAAUGGCUUCAUCUCAUCAUGUAUGUUUGGACCUUGUCCUCACAAUUAAAUACAACAAAGAAAGAAUUAAGAAAGAAUGACUCCUUGUUUCUAAGUCUGUCCUUUGUUAUUCGCAAGACAACAAAGGUGUCCUGUGAAGAAAAGGCACUUUCAAGCCACUGCAAGCCAUCUCCUUUUUUUGGUCUGUGUAGAUUGUAAGCAGAAAAAAAGAGUUUACCCUAUUUUCUAUAUUGUAUGUGCUUGUAGGUGAAUACGUAGCUUUGACUGACUAUCCCCCCCUAAAAAAUUGCACUCCUAUUGUAUUAUACAAAUUGGUACGGUAUUUCAUGUGUAUUCCAAGGGCAAGAUCAAAUUAAGAAAAAAGGUCUGCAUUAAAUAUAUAUUCCUUUGCCUGUACUGUC